UCCUCACUUUUGUUCAUAUUGUCUUUCUCACACUUCUUCUAAAGUUUGCAACUUUCAGACAUCAAGGAAGAGAUCUUUGGAACUUCAACUGAAAGUAAGGAUUUUUUUUUUCUUGAUAAAAAACUAGGUGGUGGUAUAGGGGUUUUUCUUUUAAGACAGUUUCAUUUGUUGGGUUGUCUUAAAUUGUUGAAGUUAAGGAGCUUUUCAUGUUUUGUUUUUUUUUUUUAUGCUAGUUCAUGCACUUUCUAUGUUAGGCUUUUAGAUGAGAAAUGAAAGGAAUUUAAAGCUCAUGUGGGUGCAAAGAUAGGAAUUUAUAGUUAUUGGGUUGGUUUUUGUUUCUGUUUUGGUGAAUUUGAUUGGAUUGGAGGGUGUUUACUGUUCAUAUUGUGAUAUAAAAAGGGAAAUUUUUGGUUAAUAAGAGGAAGGUUAUGGCUCUGGCUCUUUCUCUGGCUCUGGCUUUGGCUUUGGCUUUGGCUUUUUUCUAGUGAACUAAUGGUUAAGUUGGAAGAUUAAUGUGGUUGAUAGUUGUGAGGGAAAUCUAGGUGGUUUUGUGAUUUUAUUGGCAAAGAGAGACCCCCAUUUGGACUCAAGCUGUGGAAAUGGCUAGAGUAAGGAAAAGAAGUAUACAUUUAAGCAAACUUUGCUCAUUUGCAUGUUGUCGACCUACUUCCACAGAUGAACAUGCCCAAAUUGGGCAAAAAGGGUACUCAAGAGUGGUGUAUUGUAAUGAACCUGAUAGUCAAGAGCAAGUUCGCCUAAAGUAUAGGGGAAAUUAUGUUUCCACUACCAAGUAUACAGCAGCUAAUUUUAUUCCAAAGUCUUUGUUUGAGCAGUUUAGGAGGGUUGCAAAUAUAUACUUUCUUGUUGUAGCUUGUGUUUCAUUUAGUCCGUUGGCACCGUAUUCAGCACCUAGCAUUCUUGUGCCCCUGAUUGUGGUGAUUGGAGCUACAAUGGUCAAAGAAGGUGUGGAAGAUUGGAGGCGAAGACUGCAGGAUGUACAGGCAAACAAUCGAAAGGUUGAAGUUUAUGAUGAAAGUAGUCGUUCUUUCGAAGAAACGAAAUGGAAGAAUCUUCGUGUUGGUCACCUUGUUAAGGUGUGUAAGGAUGAAUAUUUUCCAGCUGAUCUACUCCUACUUUCUUCAUACUAUGAUGAUGGCGUUUGCUAUGUUGAGACAAUGAACCUUGAUGGAGAGAAUAAUUUAAAGUUGAAGCACGCCCUAGAGGUAACAUCCUCCCUGCGUGACAUACAGACCCUAAAGGAAUUUAGAGCAGUGGUCAAGUGUGAGGACCCAAAUGAACAUCUUUAUUCUUUCAUUGGAACAUUGCACUAUUGUCAUCGACAAUACUCACUUUCCCCACAGCAGAUUCUUUUGAGAGGUUCUAAACUGAAAAAUACUGAUUAUAUCUAUGGUGUGGUUAUUUUCACUGGACAUGACACAAAAAUAAUGCAGAAUGCUACUGAUCCUCCUUCCAAGAGGACCAAGAUUGAGAGGAGGAUGGAUAAGAUAAUUUAUGUCCUUUUCAGUACUCUGAUUUUGGUAUCAUUCAUAGGAUCUCUGUUUUUUGGCGUUGAAACUAAGAAAGAUAUUAGCGGUGGUAAUUAUAGAAGGUGGUAUCUUCGACCAGAUAGCACAACUGUAUUCUAUAACCCCAGAAGUGCAUCAGUGGCUGCAUUUUUGCAUUUCUUGACAGGCCUUAUGUUGUAUGGAUACUUGAUUCCAAUAUCAUUGUAUGUUUCAAUUGAGAUUGUCAAGGUUUUACAAAGUAUUUUCAUUAACCAAGAUCAGGCUAUGUAUGAUGAGGAAACCGAUAGACCAGCACAAGCAAGAACAUCUAAUUUGAAUGAGGAACUUGGUCAGGUUCAUACUAUACUUUCUGACAAAACUGGAACUUUGACAUGUAAUUCAAUGGAGUUUGUGAAAUGCUCAAUAGCUGGCACUGCCUAUGGUUGUGGCAUGACAGAAGUAGAAAUUGCUCUGGCAAAAAAAAGAGGCGAGAGAUUGACUGAACCAAUGUCCACUGAUACGGUUGACUCAGGAAAAUCUGUUGAUACUGUCGACUCGGGAAAAUCUGUUAAGGGUUUCAACUUCAGAGAUGAACGCAUUAUGAAUGGCCAGUGGGUGAACGAACCUCAGUCAGAUGUCAUACAGAAGUUCUUUCGGGUCUUAGCAAUUUGCCAUACAGCAGUUCCGGAAGUAACAGAAUCUGGUGAGAUUAUUUAUGAAGCUGAGUCAGCAGAUGAAGCAGCCUUUGUCAUUGCUGCACGAGAAAUUGGUUUUCAGUUUUUUGUACGGAAUCAAACCAGCAUAAAAUUGCAUGAAUUAGAUCCUAGAAGUGGGCAAACAGUUGACAGAGUAUACAAGCUUCUUCAUGUGUUGGAGUUUAGUAGCGCUCGCAAAAGGAUGUCUGUAAUUGUAAGGAACCCAGAGAACCAAAUAUUGCUUCUUGCUAAGGGUGCAGACAGUGUGAUAUUUGAAAGGCUUUCAGAACAAGGGUGUGUGUUCGAGGCACGGACCAGGGAGCAUAUUGAAAGAUAUACUGAGGCAGGAUUACGAACUUUGGCCGUCGCAUAUCGUGAGAUUGGUGAUGAUGAGUAUACGACAUGGGAAGAAGAAUUUAUGAAGGCCAAAACUUCUGUACGUGCUGACCGAGACGAUUUGGCGGAUGAGCUGGCUGACAAGAUUGAAAGGGAUUUAAUUCUUCUGGGUGCCACAGCUGUUGAAGACAAACUACAAAAGGGGGUCCCACGCUGUAUUGACAAGCUUGCACGUGCUAGAAUUGGAAUAUGGGUUUUGACAGGCGACAAGAAGGGAACUGCUAUUAAUAUUGGGUAUGCAUGCAGUCUACUAAGACAUGGAAUGAAGCUGAUUGUGAUCACGCUAGAGUCACCAGAAAUUAAAGCCCAGGAAAAACAUGGGGAUAAGGAGGCCAUUGCGCAGGCUUCUCUUAAAAGUGUAAAAGGGCAAAUACAUGAGGGAAAAUCUCAAGUAGCUAGUGAACAUUCAACUGAGUUUGGUUUGAUAAUCGAUGGCAAGUCCUUGACUUUUGCUCUGGACAAGAAUCUGGUAAACUGCUUUAUGGAUCUGGCAACGCGUUGUGCUACUGUCAUAUGCUGUCGCUCUUCGCCCAAACAAAAGGCUAUUGUUACAAGACUGGUGAAAUCUGUAACUGGUAAAACAACACUAGCAAUUGGUGAUGGGGCAAAUGAUGUUGGCAUGCUUCAAGAGGCUGAUAUUGGAGUUGGAAUCAGUGGCGUUGAAGGGAUGCAGGCUGUGAUGGCAAGUGAUUUUUCAAUAGCUCAAUUUCGUUUUCUGGAACGUUUAUUAUUGGUGCAUGGCCAUUGGUGUUACAGGCGAAUAGCAAUGAUGAUAUGCUACUUUUUCUACAAGAACAUCACUUUUGGAUUUACUUUGUUUUGGUUUGAGGCCAACGCUUCUUUCUCUGGCCAGCCUGCUUAUAAUGAUUGGUACAUGUCAUGCUACAAUGUCUUCUUCACUUCGCUUCCAGUAAUCACUCUUGGUGUUUUUGAUCAGGACGUUUCAGCCAGACUUUGCCUCAAGCAUCCUUUAUUAUACCAAGAGGGCGUACAGAAUAUCCUCUUCAGCUGGAUCCGCAUACUUGGCUGGAUGUUUAAUGGAGUUCUUAGUUCCAUAAUUAUAUUCUUCUUAACCACCAACUUGAUAAUUGGUCAAGCAUUCCGCAAAGAUGGUCAAGUUGCCGAUUAUGCAGUUCUCGGGGUGACAAUGUAUACAUGUGUAGUUUGGACAGUAAAUUGCCAAAUGGCACUCUCCAUCAAUUACUUCACAUGGAUACAGCACCUGUUUAUCUGGGGAAGCAUUGCCCUUUGGUAUAUAUUCUUGGUGGUUUAUGGUUAUAUCCCACCUACAUUAUCUACAACAGCAUACAAGGUUUUUGUGGAAGCUUGUGCUCCGAGCAUUGUUUAUUGGCUCACCACCCUUCUCGUUGUUAUUGCCACAUUGCUACCUCUCUUUUCUUAUAGGGCUUUUCAGAUCAGGUUUCGACCUAUGGAACACGAUAAAAUACAAAGACAGAGGUCAGAAGGCUCGGAACAUGAUAAAAUACAAGGACGAAGGGCAGAAGGCUCGGAACAUGAUAAAAUACAAGGACGAAGAUCAGAAGGCUCGGAACAUGAUGUAACAGAAAGCACAGGUACCCGAAAUUCUACUGACUUGCCUUCAGAGAUUAGGAUCAGAAUAGAUAAUCUAAAGGCAGGUCCAAGGAGCAAGAACUCAUGAUACUGGUGAUAUGAUUAGGGUUCUUUUUUCUCUGUAUAUGCUACCGUCGCAAUUUAAGUGUAGAUGGAGAGGAGAGCAUGAAAAUUGGAAUUGCUUCUGCUCAACUUCAUGUGUACAUUACGUAUGUAAAUCUGAUUUAUGAAGUCUUGGUAAUGCAUGCCUCUGCUUCAAACAUACUGACCUCACAUAUAUGUAAUUAUAUAUUUUUCGUAA